AUGUUUUCAUUGAUGAUGGUGGUUCUUCAAACAGAUAUUAUCAAACUGCGGAAUGAAAUUUCAAUCCAAACUGAUUUUGCAAGAAUUCAAAUCCGAUACAAACUCCAAAUGACAACUCUUUUACUCCCAGUUCUUGUUGUCCUAUUGGCUUUGAACGCCGUCGCUCCACAAACAAGCAGUGUAAGAACCACUACGAGUGGGGAGAGUGAUGAAGCAGACUACAGAACAUCUAUAAGAACAACAACCAGUGGAGAAAGCGACGAAUUUACCUCUCGUAACCCAACCAGAACCACAACGAGUGGAGAAGACAGCAGUGAAUACACUACUCGUUAGUGAGAAGCACCAACAGCAGAAAAACUCUGGGACCACUCACUAUUCGUGGACAGUGCAAACUUAUGUAGAUUUUAUCU